GCCAUCGCGCACGUAUUUUUUUAUCGUUAUUAGUUAUUUGGAUAUUUUAGUGGGUUUUUUGUGUUUAAAUCAUGGGAAAACGAAAACACCACGACGAAGAAGAGUAUUUGGCUCGAAAAAUCAGAAAAUACGAGAAAAAGAUGUCUCGAGUUCGCCGUAAACAAAGGAGUUACCGCAGUGCAUCCAUUUCAAGUUUAGAACGUGAUCGAUAUUCGGAUAACGAAUACCCCGGGUCGCCGCAGGAGACUCCACAAAACGGAGGAGCCCCUUAUGAAGUAAAUUUUACAUUAAAUCAAACUUCACAUUCAAACGUCUCGGCUACCAAUAGUAUAUCCGUGCCCGCACCGACGGCAACUUUUGCUCCCGCACCUGAUCCUACUUCUGUUGUUAUACCCGUGGCCACGUCCACGCCAAAUAUACCGCCGCCGCUAGAAAAUGCGCCUACGGAAGGUAUACAGGAAUUAGACCUACAACCUGAUAUUUUGUGUUUACUCGGAGAAGAGCCUGUGAGGGAAGAGAAGUUCGGUGUGAAUGUUCACAAAGACAUUGCUAGCCGCUGGUCUGAUAUAUUAGUUAAUGGUAUUAAGGAUCAAACUAAAAAUGAGAUAUUGAAGGCCUAUAAUGUACCUGAUAAUCUUAGAGUUGCUCAGGCUCCGACACUUAAUCCUGAAAUAAGAGCGGCGGUGAAUGAAAGUGCCUUGAAGAGAGACGAUAUUCUGAUUGAUAAACAGAAGAUUUUGUCUGUUGUCAUAACAAGUUUGGCAAAUACAAUCACGUCUGUUUUGACAACUACUUCCAUCGACGAGACGUUCAAGUGUCAGAUGUUAAAAUGCCUUAGUGAUGCCGGUAGACUCUUGUGUCAUGCACAUUAUGAUGAGACACAAACUAGAAGGAAUUUUUUGCUGUCGUGCCUUAACAAAGAGAUCAAAGAUAGUGUUAAGGACCUUAAACGUGAUCACAUGUUAUUUGGUACUGAUCUUCAAGAUAAUUUAAAAUCUAUGAAAGCUAUUAUAAAACAGGUUCCGAGUUAA